GCGAGCUUUUCCCUGGCGUUGAGCAAAGAGAGGCGACGUGCUCAUCCGCCGACGGAACGCCCACCGAUGCCUCCCUCUGCCGCGACGUGCUGCCUUCCGAGAGCAUGCGCACCUGCAACGCCGCGCCGUGCAACUUGUUCCGAUUCUCGGUCGGCCCGUGGAGCGCCUGUUCCUGCCUGGGGCGCCAGCAGAACAGGGCGGUCGAGUGCGUCGACAUGACGGGCAAGUCGGUCGACGACAGCAGGUGUCGGCAGAUGGGGCUGGAGACGCCCAGGGGGGUUCAGGGCUGCGAGCCUGAGGACUGUGGGGAUAUGCCCAGCCUGAGGAAGCUGUUGCAGGGUGGUGCAGAUGCGGGGAAUGAAGAUGCUUGCGAGGGCAACUCGUGCUCAGGCCAUGGAAAGUGCCGCAAGGGGUCAUGCAAGUGCGACAAGGGCUUCGAGGGGCCAGACUGCCAGCUGGACGUCCGGGAGCAGUCCACUUGCCCAACAGGCGUCUUGGACGUGGAAGGCAACUGCUGCGACAACGGUGUGUACGACCACCUCACGGGCGAGUGCUGCCCAGGGGAAGGGGCCAUUCUGGACAAGGACGGACUCUGCUGCAACGGCUCCUUGGACGUGUGCGGCGUGUGCAACGGCAAGGCGAUCUUCAUCGAUGCCUUGGGGCGAUGCUGCGAUACCACCCUCGAUUCAGCUGGCCUUUGCUGUCCAAGCGGCGAUGUGGACGUGUGUGGUGUCUGCGAUGGUUUUGGUGCCAGUUGUGCAACUCAAUUGGUGGCCAUGGUCCAAGGUGGCACUAAAGAUGCAGACAGUGUCGAGCAGUGCAUUGCACAGGACAUUGCCACCAUGUUGGAGCUGGAGGAAGGAACCGAUCCAGCAGUGGACAUCGUGUGGACAGACGGGUUGAGGGACAGCUUGGAUGUUGCAUUCAACAUCUCUGGCAUCCCAAGGUCAAAACUCCGCCCCCUGGAGCGCCUUGUCUCAAGCCAAGCAAACUUGACCACGAGUGGUGCCACCUGCUCCAUCACGGACCUCCUCAGCUUUGCAAGGCUUCCUGUGUGCGGCAAUGGCGUGUGCGAAGUUGGAGAAGCAGCCGGUUCUGAUGGUUCUGGAUCCCGAAAGGGGUACAGCUGUCCAGAGGACUGUCCAGUUAGUUUUGACUAUGACUGUCCAACAACCUCAGGAUAUGGUACAGUGGGGCGUAAAGGUGAAAUGUGCUCCGGGCAUGGGCGAUGUCUGUAUGCGGAAGUGGGGCGAUGCGAUUGCUACAGUGGGUAUGAGGGAGAGGCCUGUGACCGCUGCGCCCUGGGGCUGAUGCCAUUCAAGGGCAAGUGUGUGCUGAGGACGGGCGGCGCCAAGCAGCCGGGUGCUCCGAGUUUCUGCUGCGCUCCUGGGCAGGCAGCAAAUGAUACAACCGAUGCUGUCAAUGGGCGAGAUGGACGCGCUGUGGCACCUGGUACUGCAGGUGCCAAUUCUACUGCGAGUAGCAGUUUUGCAGCAGUUGAUGCAGAAAACCCCGGUGAUGAUGCCUCCGGGACCAACAGCCAAUUCAUGGGGGUCUCUGAGGCAGCGUUCUCGUCCAUCAUGGGCGUUGCCAUCGUUGCCUUCAUUGUCUGCAUCGCCCUUGCACUGCUGUCCUACAAGCGCCGGCGCGCAAAGGUGCCAAUGAGCUUCACCAUAUCAGAUGUGCAUACAACAGGCGACUCUGGGCCUCUUAGCAACCGGGACAAGACAUACUCCACAAUUUGGCAUGAGUUCCAGCAAGGCCUUACCAAGGCUGAUGGUGGUGCCAGAAGCUUGCCAAUGAUCAUGUCAUCCUUCGACCCAGGGAAGCGGGGAGAUGCCAUUAGUGUGAGAAGCCCGCCCGCAAAGCAGUACCCGCAAGGUGGCAGCACUGCAAGAUCGACGCCCAGGGAGAUCUCAGCAGACUGGGUUUCGGACUCUUCAGACACACGGGAGCGCACACGCCCCAGGAUAUCAUCCAGAAGCACCGCUUCCACAGCAUCUUCCAAGACGUCGUCCAGCAGCGGGUCGUCUGCCGGCAAGGAGUUUGCUGUGCAGCGUUCGGCUGAUUCUGAAGAGAUUCGCAGCCAGAUCAGCCAGAGCUCGAGUGAGAGGGGUGUGAGCAUCGGCAACUUGCUCCAAGCCAAGCAGCAGGCGCUGGGUGAGUCGCCAUCCAUCAACGUCUAUGACAGGAAGACUGCAUUCAACCCCAAGGACAUCAUUGAAGGACCUGGUGGUUUUAUGGGAGCGGGCAGACAGCAGCAGGUCAGGUCUGAGUAUGAAUCUGAGGGUGCUUCAGUGCGGUCCGGCCAGAUGAACAUGGGCCACGUAGGGAACAAAUGGCGCAGGACAGAGCGCCCUCCUGUAGGAGCCAGUGCACCGAGCAGCCUGGCGUGGGGCGGGCUGGGGGCAGAAAUAACCGCACAAUCGACGGGGGGGAAUAAUUCAACUGGGGUGAGCGAUGGGUCCACGUGGGAGAUUGAGCCAGCGUCACAGAGCUCAGAGAAGGACACCGGGCACGUGAUGGUGUCCAACCCUUGGACGUUCACUGCCGCCAGGAACUCAGAAGAUGACACGGCCGGCCAGCACCGGCCCGGGACCAAACUGCGCAUGCCUCCUCCUGCGGGUAUGCCAGUGGAUGCGAUUUACAACGUGAGGACUGAAGUGCCGGCUGAGGGCUCCGGCCUUGUUGCAGUUGGCUUCCAGUUGCCUAUCGCUGCAAAGUCACCAAAUGGGUCUUCGGGGGAGGAUACAGAAAGCCCGCUGUUUGCGGGGCGCCAAGGCUGUGGUGGGCUGACAGGUCAGCCAUCGAUGGAGCAGAUGGGAGGCAUGGGUACUGGGAUUCUGAGGCCUAUGCAGGUGGAGGAAGCAACUGCUAGCGAGCCAGAGGCAAGGGGCACCAGGCAUGUGGGCAGCGGAGGCAAUGUGAGGUUUCCUCAAGUUGUGACGAUCAGGACCAAAGAGGUGGACAUGGGGCUGAGUGACUGGGAGAGGGAGAUGAGUGCUCAGAAUGGGGCACCUGCUGUGAAGGUCGCCGAUGUUUGGGAGAGUUGCUCCCAUGCGUCACUGUCAUAUGGUGAACAGGAGUUCAAGCAUGGAAGCGACAAUCCUAGUCAUCCAUUGCAAGAAAUCAACCCCACUUGGAGCGCCUUGACAUCCCACCUGCCUGACGAGUCUCGACCAGAGGGCGAAGCUGUUCCUGCAAGACAUCAGGAUCAUGUCGGCGGCCCUGGCUUGGAGGGUGAGGAUUCCCUGGAGUUUCCAGCACACCGGCAACUGGACGUGCCAACAGUAUAUGCAAGCGAUCAUGUGCGGUUAAGUGAAAUGUCAGAGAGCGCAUCACUGAGCUCACGAUCUUGGGACAAUUCAAGUGGCUCCGACAGAAACCUCUUGAGGCUUGAAGAUGUGCCAAAGGUUGCAUCCCCAACAUCCCAUUCGUGGGAUGAGCAGCCUCUGGACGACACGUCAACUGGGUUUGGGGCCCGACCCGCCAUGGCUACCGAUGCACUGCAGAACUCGUGGGCGUAUCUCUCCCUGGAGCCAAGGCAGCCAGAGACGAUGAGGGUGCAUGUGACCCAUGCCAAUGGAUUGGCACAUUUCAGGAGAUCAUCUGGAAGCUUCGAAGAGCCUCACAGUGAAGAUAUAUUCGUGACCUGUCCCGAGAUAAUGGGCAGCAAUGGCUCAGUGAUCGACCGUGAAGCCUCGGACUUGGAAGGGUAG